CUAUCUUCGUCUUUCUGUCUUUUUCAGCCCCAUAUAAUGAGCAAACAACCACACUAGGAGUCUUGUGACUGAAGAGUCUUGGGCUGUUUUUGCAAAGGUGCCAAGGAAACCUCCCUCCAAAAAGUUACAUUAGCAUUAUGACUUAAAGGUACCCGAAGUCGGGACAUUUAAUCUUAUGACCGUGCAGGGAAUCCAGGCGAAAAAGUCCUCCACGCCUAUUUCAUUUCGUAGUUGGACUGCCUUCCCAUGAGCUUGAACAAACCAAGUUUUCUGUGGCUGCCCUUUGAGCACCAGAGGCUGCUCUCCCGCAAGGGUUGUCGGUCCCUUUAAGAGGCUUGGGGGCGUGUAGCCAGCAUGCCUCAGUCCUUCUCUUACUCUCCUCCAGCAUUAAAGGGGAAUCGCAGUCUCCCAGCCGCAGAGCGAAGUUAGAGCUGAAGGUGGACUGCGAGAGUUUGGCAGCCACCUGACGGGGACUUGUCGGACUGCGCUGGGCUGGGUGGUCCCGAGGGGUCGGGGCCGAGAUCAGAAGGUGCCCCCCGCCCCCCACUUUUGCGUUGCCAUCUCUUCUCCAAGCUGGGACCCCCUGACCACGUCCUGCCUCCCCGGAGAGCCGCGGCGAGUGCAGAAUGUACACCAUCACCAAGGGACCCAGCAAGUUAGCCACGCAGCGGAGGACAGGUCCCACGCAGCAACUGGAAAGCAAGCUGGGGGAGCACCUGAAAUGCCGGCGGUCAGCGCAGCAGCCGCCGGGCCCCUGGCCUCUAUCAAGCCUGGCCCCAAAGCUUGUGUUCAACAGAGUGAAUGGCAGGAGGCCACUGGCCACUACUCAGUCCAUCACGGCCACAGAGGAGAGUUAUACACUUGCUCACGAGGAGAAUGUCCGCUUUGUCUACGAAGCUUGGCAGCAGGUAGAGCAGCAGCUGGUGGGGAGCCAGGCAGGUGAGAGUGGGCCCAGGCCUGUGCAGUAUGUGGAGAAGACACCUAACCCCGGGUUGCAAAACUUUGUACCCAUUGACUUGGACGAAUGGUGGGCCCAGCAGUUUCUGGCUGGGAUCAACAAUUGCUCCUAAAAAGCUGCAUUGAGAGGAGGAGAGUUGCCUAUAGUCAGGGGCCAUCUACCUGCUGACCCAGAGCAGGCAACACCAACAGAAGAGGACCACUGCCAGCCCCCUUGCCUGGGGGAUGGGGCAGGCACCUGCCAUCCCAGAAG